AUGUUAUCCUUUCGUACCAAGGGCUAUAAUGGUUAUGGAGUCCAGUACUCGCCUUUUUUCGACAACAAAGUAGCAGUGGCAGCAGCUGCCAACUAUGGUCUUGUGGGGAAUGGGAGAUUAUUUAUUCUAGACAUUGAACCAAAUGGACAGAUCUCGAAUCCCAUAUCUUGGGAAACACAAGAUGGAUUAUUUGACCUAUCAUGGAGCGAAAUAAACGAAAACCAAUGUGUGGUGGCAAGUGGAGAUGGUCUGAUUAAGUUAUUUGAUCAUACAGUGCCUCAAUUUCCCAUAAUGCAGUGGAAAGAACAUCAACGAGAGGUGUUUUCUGUAAACUGGAAUUUAGUAGACAAGACUAAUUUUGCCACAUCAAGUUGGGAUGGAACUAUAAAGCUCUGGUCAAGUCAGAGACAGGAGUCAAUGCUUACGUUAAAUCCAGGUGGAACUGACUUUACAACGGUGGCGGCUCCAGUUUCAUCAACCGCACAACCACCACUUCUGCAUCAACAACAGCACCAAAGGAACCAAAAUAGUAAUACUAAAAACUGUAUCUAUGCAGCCCAAUUUUCACCCCACUCGCCUUCAAUGCUUGUGUCAUGUACUGGUGCAUCACAAGUGCAAAUCUGGGACAUUAGAGCACCUCACCCAUUGCAACUACAUUUCGUAUCACAUGACGGUCUAGAGACUCUUUCAGUUGACUGGAACAAGUACAAGUCAACGGUUAUCGCAUCUGGAGGGACUGAUAAAUCUGUUAGAGUAUGGGAUUUGCGCAUGGUUUCCAAUUUGGAUCAGCCUUCUGCUCAUUCGCCUAUGCCUCUGCACCACCACCGCGGCCCUAGCGCGUUAAAUCACUUUGUAGGCCACGAGUUUGCCGUGAGGCGAGUGCAAUGGUCUCCCCAUACCGGCAAAGAAUUACUAAGCACAUCGUACGAUAUGACAGCCAGAGUGUGGGUCGAUGAGCUGGAUGAGCGAGCAAGAUUUCUAAACACCAAAACCGGUGGCAUGAGAGGUGUAUUCAACAAGCAUAGAGAGUUUGUCAUAGGAUGUGAUUAUAGUCUUUGGGGAGAACCUGGGUGGUGUGCUACCACUGGCUGGGAUGAAAUGGUGUAUGUUUGGGAUUCAAAGAGGCUUUAA